AAAAAAAAAGAAAGACAGAAAAAAAAAAUCGAUUAUUUCUCCUCGCGCUGGGAGAGAGGAGAGGGCUUGGGGAAAGACUCGGUCAGGAUUGUGGGAAGGAACAGAAACAGCCUCCUCAACAUCACCAGCAAGCUCCAGACGUCCAGCAAGCAGCACACUAGCACCACCUCCAACACCAUCACCAUCACCAUCGCCGCUCCACCGGGUCCCUCUCCGCUCACCGGCACCUCGCAGAGAGCAGAGAGACCAGGCGAAGCGUCCUCGCCGCCUCCUGAGCAGACACUGUCCGAUCAGAGAGGGAAGGAGACACAGAGAGGGAGGGAGAAAGAGUCAGAGUCAGAGAGAGAGGGAGAGAGAGAGAGUGUAGUUGUCUCUGACAUUAUAGAGACUCCUACCACGUACUGUAGGUUACUUUUUUUUUCCUCCCGGCGACGUCCUCAGCUAAGUUGCGCUCCUGGAUUUUAAGUGCGUCUUGGCGAAGUCCGUCCCCAUCAAGCAGCAAGCUUCAGCCUUCCUGUCAAUCGGCCGGACCAAACAACCGGCGGAGCGCUUGUUGUAUCUUUCACUUCAACCCGGGCAAGAUUUCACGCGAAAUAAAGUACAGAUGCUGGAAUCUUUGAGUUGAUUGGAACAAAUAGAAAGCAGAAAAAAAAGACAGAUAAAGGAAGAGCAGAAGAGUGAAGAGAAAGAAGAAGAAAGAGGAGAGAAGAAAGCAUAAAGUUCUUUAGAAAGAGGAGAGAAAGAAAGAGACGGGGACGAUGGGGAGGAAAAAGAUUCAGAUCACGCGGAUUAUGGAUGAACGCAACAGACAGGUGACAUUUACGAAGCGAAAGUUUGGCCUGAUGAAGAAGGCGUAUGAGCUGAGUGUGCUGUGUGACUGUGAGAUCGCCCUGAUCAUCUUCAAUAGCACCAACAAGCUGUUCCAGUACGCCAGCACAGACAUGGACAAGGUCCUGCUUAAAUACACCGAGUACAACGAGCCCCACGAGAGCAGGACCAACUCUGAUAUUGUGGAGACAUUGAGAAAGAAGGGCCUAAACGGCUGUGACAGCCCAGACCCCGACGCAGACGACUCGGCAUUAAGCAAGAAGGAGAACAAAGGCGGCGAAAGCCCGGAGCUCGAGUCUGCUCUCAUCCUCACCCCACGCACUGAGGAGAAAUACAAACAGAUUAACGAGGAGUUUGAUCACAUGAUUAAAACUCAUAAGAUACCUGCCGUGCCCCCAUCAAACUAUGACAUGCCUGUGUCCAUUCCCGUUAGCAACCAGAACAAUCUCAUUUACAGCCAUCCAGGUGGUUCCCUAGGCAACCACAACCUGUUGCCACUGGCGCACCAUGGCCUACAGAGAAACAGCAUGUCUCCCGGAGUCACACACAGACCCCCCAGUGCAGGUAACACAGGUGGCCUCAUGGGUGCUGACCUCACCACUGGCGCAGGCACCAGUGCUGGAAACGGAUAUGGGAACCACCGCAACUCGCCAGGUCUGCUGGUCUCUCCAGGUGGCAUGAACAAGAACAUGCAGGCAAAGUCUCCCCCACCCAUGAACUUAGGCAUGAACAACCGCAAACCUGACCUACGUGUGCUCAUCCCCCCUGGCGCCAAGAACAACAUGCCCUCCAUCAACCAGAGAAUAAACAACUCCCAGUCUGCUCAGUCAUUGGCCACCCCAGUGGUAUCAGUAGCAACUCCCACUCUACCAGGACAAGGCAUGGGCGGUUACCCAUCUGCCAUCUCUACUUCAUAUGGUACCGAGUAUUCCCUGAAUAGUGCAGACCUGUCCUCCCUGUCUGGCUUCAACAGCGGCAGCUCCCUUCACCUCGGCUCAAUGAGCGGGUGGCAACAGCAACACCUUCAGAACAUGCAGCAUUCAGCCCUCGGCCAGCUAGGAAAUUGCUCUAGCUCUCACUUAUGUCAGGGUUCAAAUCUCUCCCUGCCCUCUGCUCAAAGCCUGCACAUCAAGUCCGAACCUGUUUCUCCUCCUAGAGAUCGCACCAGCAGCACACCGGGGGGCUACGGUGGAGUACCACCUCCCCAGAACCCCUCGUCCCGCCAGGACUCGGGACGCUCCCCUGUUGAUAGCCUGAGCAGUUGUAGCAGCUCCCACGAGGGCAGCGACCGCGAUGAGCACAGGAAUGAGUUCCACUCACCUCUGGGACUGGCCCGGCCCGCCCUGGACGAGCGCGAGAGCCCCUCCAUCAAACGGGUGCGCCUGUCAGAAGGAUGGGCGACAUGAUAGCUCUGUCCUCUCCCCGGCAGUGCCCCGAGUUGCCCUGAGCCCCCCCCCUCCCCGACAACGCAGCGUUACGAUGCCCACCCAAGUCAGCUCCCUCCUCUUCCUCCUCUCACUCGAUAUCACGAGUCACUCACCACCCAACCCCAUGGCCUCUCUCCUUUUUAUCUCUUUAACGCUGAAGGAAAGAAAAGGGACAGCCCUUUUUGAAAAUAUGUUUGUAAUUUCUUUUCCUUUUAUUAUUUCCUUUUUUUCUUUUUGCUGAGUGUGUGUGCUAUACAUAUUGACAUUAUUAUAAACCAGUGGGGUGUUGUAAUGGGGGUUUGGGAGGGUGGGUGUUGGUUGGAAUGGGAUCCGGGGGUAUUUUUGUUGGGGAACUAUGCAUAAAUUGUAUUGUGUGUGGAUAAAAAGAAUCACGUAUGCAUAUAUCUUUACACGUGUGUGUAUGUGUACAUAUAUGCAUAUCAACAAAUAAACAAAAAAAAAAUAGUCAGGUACUCUGUUUCAUAAAACGUACUUAAACUUUGCCUCAGCGAUAUAUCAGUGACUAGAGACAAGAAAAAGAAAAAAAACAAAAAAAAAACAUUAACAUGAGAGUGAGUGUGUCCAAUGGAAAACACCUUAGCACUUGAGUUGGACAAACAAUACAUGUGUACAGUGUCGGUUUCAUUGCUAUAUACCUUCUCUGCAGUUCUCCCUUGCAAAAAUGUGUGUUAACAUUAGAUGAUGUCAUGUUGCAGGUUCAACGUAUUUAUGUAAAUAGAGGGUCAAGGGGGGAAGGGGCAGGGGUCAAAAGUUGCCAGACAUUACAAGAUUUAUUUACUCACUAAAUGAAAAAGCUAUUAUGCAACAUUUGAAGGAUUGUACAGGUAAACAGGCAGACCCAAUGCUAGACGUGUGGAACCUUUGAUGACGUUAGCGCUCCCCUUAAAGAACGGAGCCGAGCGAGGACCACCCUUUGAUCUAAGAGCUACGUUAGUGUAAUCAAGAAAACUCUGGAUCUAGUAUUAAUAUUCAGUAUUAAUAAACAAAGAAAAAAAAACGGAAAAAUAAAAAACAAUUGUACGAUACACUUGCUUAUAUUUUCAUAUGAAAGGAAUACAAUGCAAAGCAUUUUUGUGGCUUUUUGUAGUUUCUAUAAGCCAGAAUGUGUUUUUUGAUAGCUUUGCUAAUAAGAGAUGGAUAGUUCGCCCAGAGGGGAAAUGAAAGGACUUUGCAGCCCUAAGCCAUGAAAAACAGACUGAGAUCCAAUGCUUUGCUGAACUGUUUUAUCUUUGUAGAGGUUUGUUUUUAAACGUGUAUUUCUAAUUAUAUAUAAUAAUGGUAAUAUUAAGAUUCUUUAAAAAAAAAAUCUGUGAAAUUAACAUGCUUGUGUAUAGCUUUCUAAUAUAUAAAUAUAUAUACUAAUGAUUUUUGUUGGUUUCUUAGUGGAGUUUCUAUGUGCAGUUGCACAUGUUGUCUGGUUUGUUUCAUUUGAGCCUGGAACAGUGCUGUUCGGGCGUGUAUUUAGUCUAACCUUAAAAACCAGCUGGAAAGCAUUGCCAGGGUUUGUGUGACGGAGGGAAGACAGGCCUGAAUGCUGAGAACACAACCUGUUAGUGGAAAAUGUCACGAGACUGGAACUGGGGACGACACAGAAAUAAAUGUUGCCACAUGAUGUACAUGAUUGUCACACUGAUGAGGAAAUAUGACUGACCCUCAAUCCAUGCCUGGAUGCAUUUGAAUGCAUCAGAUAUUUCAUCCUUAACCUUAAUUAUUUAAUUUAAUACACUUAAUCUCAUCAAACAUGUUUUUGACAUUAGCGACGUUCAGCUCCAUUUCCAAUCACCACAAUCAUAGCUUGUGUUCGAGAUGCUGCACAAGCCCAGAGCCAAUCUAUACGAUUUUUCUAUCGAAUCAUAUUUAUGUAAUAUAAUUUUGUACAUUGUGAUUAAUUACCCCCCCCCCCGAUCAUUUGCAAACCUAAUUUGAUUCGUCGUCGUCCUGUGGCUCCUCAUGUUCCAUUCUUCAAAACAGGGUUCCACAUCAUUUACCACAUGUCACACGACAGUUCAGAAGUCAGACACACGAGGAUAAAUUGAUCAUGCUGGUAUGGAAGAAGCACAAUUGUUUAUUUUAAAUAAAUAGCUGUUUUGAUUUUUCUCUUUUUUAAACAAUGAAACUAGCCACAUAUCUCUCUCUCUCUGCCUCCCACUUCCCGUAUCUGCUGUCACUUAAGUGUUAUAAUAUUUCUAUGUGCAUAUUUCAUGCAGGUUCACUAUGUUGUUACUGUAUACAGUCUGUGUAGUAAAACAGGGGCAGAGCCUCUAUAAUGGUGUUCUCUCUUUUUUUUUUUUCUUUUUUUUAAUUCAAUACAAAAAGGUUGAGAAAAAUAAAAAAUAAACAUGAUGUUUCAGGCAGCAAAGUGUGGAGAAAAUAAA